AUGGUUACAUUUUACAACAAAAAAAAUUCAUUGGCUCUUUUAGUGGUUUUACUUUUUCUUUUUGUCUCAUCAUCAUAUGCAAAGUUUAGUAUGAUGGUUACAAAAAGCCAGAUCGACACUAUAUGCACCAUAAAACGAAUCAAUUCUUCAUUUUGUUUUGAGAUUUUUAAAGCAAAUCCUGAAAUUGCUAGAUUGAAUUAUUCAGAUCUCAUUAAAUUUUUGAUCAAUUAUCAAGCUCAAUAUAUUUCAGAUACGCUGAAAUUUUUCAAGUUAUCCGGAGGUUCCUCGACAGAUAUUAGUUCUAAAUAUCACGUGUGUGUAGAAUUAUAUGAAUAUGAUUUCAAGGAACGUGAUAAUUCUCUCAGAUAUUUGGCUGCUAAGGACUAUGUCAGUUUAAAUAUCUGGGUCGGUGGAACGAUGACAGAUGCGGAAACGUGUAUUGAUGAUUUGUCAACAAUGAAGCCAAUACCACAAUUCUUUAUGAAGAGGAGUGAUACUAUUGGAGACAUGUCUAGCAUUAUCUUGGUGGUUCUCGAAUGUUUUCUAAAAGAAAAAAAAGACAGAUGUUAUCUCAAUCUAUAAUAAUAAUAUGGUUGUCGUCG